UCAUACAAUGACAGUAAUAGCUGUGCGUUAGAAAAAAAAACAAACAAAACAGUGCAAAGCAAGCAGCUGAGUUUAGUUAAAUUUAAUAAACAAAAAAGCAACAAAUUGAUUUAUACGCUAGCAGCACGUUCAACGGUGAAUUAAUUAACGCCAAGAGCACAAGUCAAAAGCAAAACGCAAUUGCGCUGGACGUGCAACAACAACAAUAACAACAACAGCAGCAGCAACUAGAGCGAAGAAGAAAAGCAAAAAGGACAAAGUUAAUUUGCGCAUUAACGCAAAAACAAAAACAAGAAGCGAAGCAAAUACACAAAAGUCAACAAACAACAAAACAAACUAAACACGAUGGUUGAGCCAAUUUUUGAUUAUCAAUUUCGCUUAAUACUCAUUGGAGACAGCACAGUGGGCAAAAGUUCGCUACUCAAAUUCUUCACAGAUGGAAAAUUUGCCGAGCUCUCGGAUCCCACAGUGGGCGUGGACUUCUUCGCCCGCCUCAUCGAAAUGAAGGACGGCACACAGAUCAAACUUCAGCUGUGGGACACCGCUGGCCAGGAGCGUUUUCGUUCGAUCACAAAGUCAUAUUAUCGCAACUCGGUUGGCGUUCUCCUCGUCUACGAUAUUUCGAACUACGCCAGCUUCGAGCAUAUACCGCUCUGGAUGAUGGAGGCGCGACGUCACAUUGAGCCGCAUGUUCCGGUCUUUGCACUCGUUGGCUGUAAAUUGGAUCUGGUUAAUUCGGGUUCGGGGCAUCGCGAGGUGUCCACUGAGGAUGGCCAGGGAUUUGCCAAGCUGCAUGGCUUGCACUUUGUGGAGACAUCGGCGCGGACUGGGGCCAACGUUGAGGAGGCAUUUCGCAUGGUCACCCAAGAGGUUUAUGCCCGCAUCCGAUCGGGCGAAUAUAAAGCCGAGGAUGGCUGGGAUGGCAUCAAAUCUGGAUUUGCGCGACCCAACAGUCUGGACUUUAAUCUCUUUGUCGCCGAGCCCGAGAAGUCCUCCUGCUGUUGAUGGGAUGAUGAUGAUCAUCGUUGAUCGUGAUCGUUGCGUUUCCAAUCCAGCGGCAAACUUUGUUUAGUUUAGUAUACAUCAAAUUUUUUUUCCAAAACCAAAACCGUCUCCUACAUAUAUAUGCAGAACAUACAAUAUGUUUUAUUUUUUCUAUGCGAUUUUACAUAUUAUUAUUUUGUGUAUGUCGAUUUGAUAAUUGUAUGCUGUCUUUAUUUGUUGACUCGUUUUUAAUAGUGCACCAAAAAAAAGAAAAAAAAAAAACAACAAAAAAGAAUGAAAACAAAA